UCCCAAAAUGUAUUAAAAAGUCUUUUCCCCAGCUCUGAAUAAUUUCAUAUGACAAUAUACGGUUCUUUCCUGUUUCUGUUCAAAGCCAUCUUUUGCUAUUUCUCAGUUUUAUUGAAUUGAUUCUCCAUUGACACAUCGACUUUCUAAAGUCCAUCAUGGCUGACAGUGGAAAAGUGAAAGCCCCAGACAGCGGGAAGAAAAAGAACAAGUCACAGAAGAAGAGGGCAGAAUCGAGUGGUGAUGGGGGAGCAACCCCUACCCCAUCGAAGGAGAAUGUUCCUGUCACGAAACCGGCAUCUCCUGAAGGAGCGACUGCUGCAGCCUCAACAGGGGAGAAAACUCCAGAUGUAAAGCCUGCACAAGGAGCACAGGGUCCUAAGCAAGGGGGACAAAAUCCUAAAAAGGAAGGGAAACAACAAAAGAAUCAAAACAAACCUGAACAAGGUCAGAAAGGCAAAGGGGAGAAGGCACCACCGAAACCGGAGGCUGGAGAAGGGGAACAGAAGUCGAAAGCUCAGCUGAAAGCAGAGAGAAGAGCCAUUCAGGAGGCUCAACGAGCUGCCAAAGCAACCAAGACAGCGGAGUCUGGGGGCGGGGCAGCCGCAGCGGGCGCACAGGGACAGCCGUCAUCAGCUGGUGCAGCCAACGCAGGAAAGAAGGAAAAUCAAGGGGAGAAAAGUAAACCAGGAGGAGCUGCUGUAGCGGUGAGGAGAAUACCGAAGAAAUCCUCGAAAACCACUGAGAAGAUGACCGAGGAACAGCUGUGGGCGAAGAAAGAGAAAAAUCUGCUGGGCAAGGCCUACAAGAUGGACCACACCAUCGUGCGGCUGGGCUACCAGUACUUCUACCACAACAUCGUCGGGGCCAACGCCCGCUGCCUGGCCCUGCUGACCACCCUCAAGGAGCUGAUCGGCAAGUACAAAACGCCAGAGGAGAAAGAGUUGUCAAGGGACCUGGAGAAAAACUACCUCACUCCGUGCAUCUCAUAUCUGAAUGAGUGCCGCCCCAUCAGCACCAGCAUGGGUAACGCCAUCAAACACCUGAAGCUACACAUCAACCAGAUCCCUAGCGACAUGGAUGAUAAAACGGCCAUCGCCAGACUCCAAGAGGAGAUUGAGAGUUUCAUUCAUGUGAACCUGGUCAUGGCGGCGAAGGGCGUGGCUGAGUUUGCCAUCGCAAAGAUCGACGACGACGAUGUCAUUCUGGUCUACGCUGCUUCUUCCUUGAUCGCCAAAGUUCUGAAAGCAGCUCACGAUAGUGGCAAGCGGUUCAGGGUGAUUGUUGUUGAGGGCCGUCCACGAACUGAGGGUAAAUCCAUGUUGCGUUUCUUGGUUCGCUGUGGCAUCAUGUGUUCCUACGUGUACAUCGGUUCCGCGUCGCACGCUAUGAGUGAGGCCACCAAAGUUCUACUGGGAGCGGCAGCUAUGUUUGCUAUCGGAGACAUGCACUCCCGCACGGGAAACUCGAUGAUUGCGGCCCUGGCCAAGGCCAAUAACUUGCCGGUGCUGGUGUGCUGUGAGACGUACA